AUGCGUUUCCACUGUCAAUGUUUAAACGUUGAAAUUGAAGUUUUAGAUAAGAGCGAGUGUACUGACGAUAGCUCUCGUCUCAUACCGAAUGAAAAAAAUUUAAUUGAAGCACCACGUUCAAAUCAGCAAUAUUGGCUUUGUAAUGUAAAUGCUUAUCCCGUACACAUUGAUGAUAAACAGGCAGAUCGCGCUUGUUUAGACAAAAAUUAUUCGACAAUUGCCAAAGUUAUUCUAUCAGAAGAUCGUGAAUUCAAUUCCUCAAAUAAUGUGUCGUUUUUCAGUGAUAAUGUACAAAGAGAAUGUGAAAUCGCUCAAAAUCUUUAUCGAGAAUCAAUGGAAGCGGCUGAACGUGAAAAAGAAGAGAGGAUUCGGGUUUUUCAAAUCGAACAAGAAGCAUUAUUUCAAGCAAGUCAAGAAACAUUAUUGAAAGAAAAAGAUAAUUUUUUAAGAAUACUUCGUCUGUCAAGUUAUUCAAGUCCAAAAACAUCUCCGACAUCAUUUGGUUCAAAUCAAUCGUUUCGCUAUGGAAUAGACCGAAAAACGAGUUAUGAGGAUCCCAAUGAGAUUGAUUCGGAUUUUUUCGAGAGUUCUCAAGAUGGUGUCGAUUAUGCGGCACAGCAUGCAAAGCUGAAUUCCGAAAAAUCGGCUGACAUGUUGUUGGAAGAUGAUAUAGAUGACAAUUUGUACGACAGUGUUGAUUUUCAACUACUGGAUAUAUUUUUCAUUUUAGCUUCGUCGAAGAAUUUUGUUUCAAAUUUUGCUACAUCAUUGCCAAGAGAAAUUCAUCCGGAAUUAUAUUCGAGAGGCCAAGGUUUUCCAAUUGCACAGACGAAUGAUAAAGAUAAAGAUGAUUUGGAACGUAUUGGCAAAUCAUUUCGCGAUUUAAGCCAAUCAAUGGCAACUGAUGGAACAGAAUUAUUUGGUGCCCUUCCAAGUCCAAGAUUAAAUACCAAGUAUACAUAG